AUGCACUCUGCACAGCAGCAGCAGCAGCAGCAGCAGCAGCAGCAGCAGCAGCAGCAGCAGCAGCAGCAGCAGCAAAUGCAACAAAUGAAGCAGGAGCAGCAACAAGUGCAGCAGGAGCAGCAACAAAUGCAGCAGCAGCAGCAGCAGCAGCAGGAGCUGCAGCGAAUGCAGCAGCAGCAAAUGCAGCAGCAGCAACAGAAAGAGCAAUACUGUGCUGCAGCAGGAAACUACAGAUAUGCUGCUACAGAAUAA